GUUCCUUCGAUUCACCAGUUUCGACGAAGUCGUGGCGCGCUUCGGAUCGUUCUUUCGUACUUAAUUCCAACGAGAUACUGAACGAUUAAUUAAUCCUCGAUCUUUAGCUUGGUUAGAUCAUUUGUUAUUUGGAUAACGUUUAUUUUAACUGUGCGACUAAAGAUCGUUCUUAUUGUCGAGAAGAAAAAUAAAAAGAGAGUUUAGAUUUAGAUCGGAGCAUGCGUUAAUUCUCGUCGAGACCCCUCAAGGAUUCUUUCGACCCCGAAGUCGAAGCGGUCUCCAUCGAUCGAUGUCUCGUAGAAAGUAAAAUCACGAGCGUGAGCGUGUCGAGUACUUGUCUGACAUACAUUUGGCCAAUUCUUAUGUACGUACGUCCUCGAGAAACUUUUUGAAAGGAUCUUUCGUCGAGUCCAAGCCAGUUUACCAAUUUGGUCAAAAAAUCGAUUCAGUCGUUCUUCGCUCGGAGAAUAUAUUAAGAACACGUCAAAAUGCGUUUAUUCAAAAGACAAACAUCGGAUACCUGUCCUCAGCUGGUAUCAGCUACACCGAUAUCCCAAGAUGAAACAUCCGAGACAGUGACUGCAAAUGGUACUACAAUCGAACAGAAUGAAAAGUCCUUGGUUUUUGAUAAAAAAGAUUCAUCGAAGAGACUCGAUAGGGAUGGUGGAGAACCUGGAGAGUCUGAGAAAACUGUACCUGGGCAAUCAUUCAUGAUAACUCGUAAAGGUAUUUCAACAUGGGGUCGGAAAGUAGGCCGAAGGUUAGAUCAAUUGAAGAGAUCGGAAAGUUCGGAGUUACUUUCGGUUUCGGGUAGAAGACGUCGUUGGAGUCCAAAUCGGAAGAGAUACGAAGAUAGCUUGGAGGAAAAGGAAAAUGGCUCGAACGAACAUUCCUUUCCGGAAUUCCCCAAGCCAAAAAGAGUCUCCAGAGUGGAAUCCUUGAAGAAUCUAUUCCGGUCGACAGAGAGGAGUAAUUUUUUAAGUUCGAAUUCAACCUCGAGAAACGUGACGAUCCACGAGGAGAGCCAUUAUCCAAUGGAGAAAGCUCUCAGCGAUGGGGCCAUUAAAAACGUAGCUACGUUUCAAGUCAAGUCUGAGAAUAAUAACGACGAACGAUUAAGGGGAACUCUGCUUCAAGAAAAACAGCGACGACUCAGUCGUAGUAUUCACGACCUUCAAGAGCAAGAACGUGUCAUCGACUUUAUUCUCAUGAAUCAGCAGGUGUUAAAGACUCAAGAGGGAACAGCAUUGGUAAAGGAGACUUUGAGUAAGCUAGAGAAGGCUAGUAGUUCGAAGGAUACGUCGUCGGAAUAUUCAUCCUCGACGUCUAGGAUGAACAGAAGAAGUGACGUCUCAUUGAAAACGAGUACACUUAGUAGAGCGAAGAGUAAAAAUCUUUUCAGUAACACCAAUGAACGGGAUAGUUUUAGGAACGAUCAACAAAGAUCUUGUCCCUUGACCGGUUUGGAGGAUCUUAUGAGCAAUCUUCGUCUAGGUUGUGACGAGAGUGGUUACGAUUCCGAUAGCACACGAGCAGGUGCUGAUUCUCCUGAUAGUGAACAAUGUGCUCAGAGAAUGACAAAGCCUCGUAGCUUCUCGAUAACUUCUGAUGAUUAUCAUGGUAUAGAUCUAUCAUUGCCACCUAUUAUCAAUCAAGUUGAAUCUUCGAAGGAUACCGAAGAUUCUGAGAAUGCUAACGAUACCAUCGUGGAGGCACAUCAUUUUUUGAGUGAUUCUAACAAGACUGAAUCGACCUUGGUCAUGUCCGAGCAUGACGAUGAUACUGACAGUUGCGACGAAGACACUUUUGAGGACUAUGAACAGUGCACCAAAUUAAAUUUCUUCGAUAACUCUAAUAGGAACGAUUCAAAGAUGGAGUCUAGUAGUCGAUACUCGAAAAUAUUUCCAACGACUUCGAAAAACGUUGCAUCUGUAUCUCAGACGAAUAGGAUCAUUCAAAGUUCAUUGAUACAAACGAAACCUAUAAUUUCUACAAGGAAUCGAAAAUUUGGAAGUGGUAGCGUAUUGACUCUUCUCGAUAAUGCUUCCUCUCCUUGUAAGGACAGUCCACCAGCAACGAAGAUUAAUUCGUCGACGUUGUUACUGAAAAGUCCAAUUCAAUAUUAUAGUCCUAAAAGAUCUCGUUCUGCUUUGGAAGCUGAAACAUCUUCAGACGAAUCUAUCAAUAGAAUCAAUAAGGUUAAGAGAAUGGUUUUCGCUGAUAAUCCUCGAUCAAUAACAACUUCAACGCCAGCUAAAUCAACUUUAGUACGUCGAGAAUUGAAGACCAUGAAAUUUACCGUUGAAAGAUCGGGCAAUCUUGGUAUCUCCGUUGAGAGACGGGAAGCUGUCAGACCGUUUUACGUUAUAUCAAAGUUAGAUUCCAACGGCGAAGCAGCUAAAUCUAAAUUAUUUCGAAUUGGCGACGAGAUCGUUCGAGUCUGUGGUCGCAGAUUACGUGGGAUGACUAUCACCGAGGCUAGAAGCGCCUUACGUAAUUGUGUAGGAAACGUUGAGCUACAAAUCGCUAGAGAACCAACAUUUGCAUUUGGUGAAGAGAUCGGUGAUACUUGGGCUGAUUUAGAGAGAGUUCCUUCUCGUCCUCGAAAUGAUUCUGACGCGUGGACAUUGCAAGAGAGUAAAUCUGAUCCUGGAGUUUCCAACAUAUCCAAAGUUGAAUCUUCUCAAGUUGAUCAUCGAUCGAAGAACGAAGAGGCUCCAACAAAGCGACCCAAAAGUGAAUUAUCGAUUAACGAGACGAGAGACGAUAACGGGAGAAAAAUGACUGGUAUGAGGAAAUUUCAAGUUAUCAAGAAACGAACUUCACAUCCAGUUUGUUAUCCGAAAAGAGUAUCAAGCCUUUCGAAAGAUUUGUUGACCGUGACCUUGGAAAAAGGAGCUAUAAAGAAACUUGGUUUCUCGAUCGUCGGAGGAUCCGAUAGCAAGAAGGGUUAUAUGGGUAUUUUCGUAAAGGAUAUUAUGGAAGGUGGUCAGGCAGCUGAGGAAGGUACACUUAGGGUCGGUGAUGAGAUCUUAGCGAUUAAUGGCAUACCAAUGGAUGGAGCAACCCACACGAAGGCCCUUCAGACUUUCAAGAAUGCCAAACCAGGCAAAAUGAUUCUCUGCAUUGGACGAAGGGAUCCAACGAAUAAACGGUUGUGUUACAAAUGAUAAAACAAGAUAUUAACGUAAUCUUGGGUACAUAACUCAAUCCAAGUCUUGCGAUUGUUUAAGUAAAUUAACGGAGAAUGGAUAUGAAUGAAGAUGUGCUACAGGAAAAGAAAAUAUUUUUAUAUAUAUAUAAAUAAUUUAUAUUUUCCUAGGUAAUAUUAACGAAAACGGAUAGGUUCCCUUAAUUAUUUAAGAUUCGAGGUGAUUCGAUUUGCGAUAGAAGGUGUUGUUAAAAGAAGGUUUAGAUUUUCUGUGUGUGUGUAUAUAUACGUAUAAAAAAA